AGCUGAUGCACAAUUAUAUUAAAACUACUGUUUAACUGCAUUAUUUUUUCAUGUACCACUCUUUUGGGCCCUUGCAUCAGUAUCAGAUGGACCUAUUUCAGGGACAGAAAUUUGCAGUUAAUAGUCCAGACAUAGUCUCAUACUUUAUUUGAUAUGAUCAAAAGCCAUGUAUUUUUAAAAUUUUUGCCUCAUUAUUAGAUAAUACUAUUACAUGUACAGUAAGCUUUAAAAUGUGGCUUACUGUGCAUUUGAAGAGUUUGUUCAUCUCUCAGUAACGAAAUGAUUACUUCUAUAGUUUAUUUCAUUUUAUAGAAAGGCAGAAAACCUGAAUGAGUCAGAGUAAGGCAUUCCUAUCUCCAGCCUCUGAAUUCCAAGUGUCACUGGCACAUACUGUUUUGACUCUGCACCCAGGCCUGAAUACUUUUAACACAUUCUUAAAAGGGAGCAAUAAGCACAAAAUUAUUAUUAAGGUAUAAACAAAUCCUCCCCUCCCACCCCACAGCCCCAAGAAGUGGCAGCAACAAUGAAACUGGAUGAAAGUUAAGGAAAGGAGAGUGGAGGGGAAAGACACAAAAUACAUGGAAAGAAACCUGAAGAAAGAUUUCCCUGGUGGAACUACUGUCUUGGGGAGGUCACCAUGACAGCAUCCCUUUAAGAAUUAACAUUACUACAUAAACCAGUAUUACCCAGCCCUUUGUGCACCUGACUCUGUUCAAUGAGGUUUUGUAUUUCACUGUUUUUUUUGGCAAAGCUUCAUAUGCUCACAACCUUAAGUCAACAUUAAAUCCAACUAUCCAGUUAUAAUCAUGAACUAUGUAUGCAGUAGCUCCAGACGCACCGCAUGAAAACAAGCUGACUGAAACCCACAACUUCAGACUAGACCAUGCAACUUCUGAAAGUCACCAUACUUGGAAGAAAGUUACUUCUUCAUUUAGGAAGAUUUCAGAUGCUUCAUACUUGAUUUGUUUUUUUGCCAACACAAUGAAGGAAAUGUCUUGCUUCUGCAUGACUUUUUCUUCCUUGUUGGAACAGAUGGUGAAGGCUUACAAAUACAUGAUUGGUAUUUUUUCAGUGACUCAUACCUCAGAGCAACAGGCUUCAGAUCGUGAUAAGCAGCCAACCAAGAUGGAUGUAAGCUUACUCGAGGAGCAGUAUGACCAUAUAAAACAGAAGCAAAAACUGCAAUCACACAUUAUUGUAUUUAAAACAGGUGAACAUGAAUCUGUUCUCCCAGCAUCAAUGGUCAAUGCUGUUUUAAUUAAUAAACAUGUUAGAAGAUCAAAGUCAUUUACAGAACAUGUUCCUGUCAGAAAGAUCAGACUGGAGAUGACCAGCAGUGGCAACGUACAAGACAGCUCACCAUGGCGUACACACCUGGGAAUUCACCGCCUGGUGCAAGCCCCUUGUCAAGGAGUUAGCUGGGAUCUUUCCCACUGCAAGAACAGACCACGCAGUUUUGACAAUCAGAGGCUGAUUUCAAAGGGAAACGGCACACUGCAACACAAGGAAUUAGAAGGAGCAAGUGAACUAUCCGUGCUCAGUCAACUGGGAAGUUCAAGCACGUUGAACAGUUUCAGCGAAGAGAAUGGCAGCAACAUUUCAAGCACCUGCCAAAAGCCUCCUCCGAAAUCAGCCACGUCAGCAGUUUGGACACACCAACAUAUUUCUUCUACAAAAUGCAUGCCGGCCUGCAACAAACUAAACUUUUACCCUUUCCCCAAUAAAAAAGGACCGAGAAUUUCUGAAGCAGCAAGGAGGCUUGGAUUAUACGUCUCACAAUGAAAACAUUCAAUAAUACAUAAAACUUAGUAAAAAACUUGACUAAAACUUUAAAUAGCAAAAUAGUCUUCCUAGUUACACUGAUUGACCUGCUGAAGAUCUACUACUCUUAUUAGCCAAGGAAUAUCCUUACUAUAUAAUCUGUUGUUUUACAGUACAGUGUAAAAUUAGAUGUUCUUAUGAAGAUGCUGGGCUGCAAUGACAGAUACUCACUUCUGUUAUUCGAGAUAUAAGAGCAAUUUUAUCUUUUUUUUUCCUGUUUUCAGGUUACUGAUUUUAGAAACUAAGGUUUUAUCACAGCAAUUAUUUGAAAUAUCUCAAAGAGCUAUAGCAAAGACUAGCAGAACUACUGAUGAAGCAACUAGACUAAAUUUCAGUAUGGUACUAUUUAAUUAGACAAUAAACAAGUAACAAAUGAAACAGUAUUGAAGGUGAUUGGUACACUUAACAUACAAUUUCAUCGUUCACUUUCCUUGAAAAAUUAUACUUUCUGAUGUGUGUACUUUUAAAAUCAAUGAAUAAAACCUGUGCUCAUUUC